AUGACGACUGAAGAUGCAGUCUGGUCCUAUGAUCCAUCACUGCCGGACAAUGGACCUACAGUAAGCGCGGCUGUGUGUCAUCACGGCCUGUGGUGGGACGACCAUGUCCUCAUCGCCUCCUGGGUCUUCUUCCUCGUAGCUGCGAUCCAGCUCUCCGUGAACAUCGCUCAUGGCUUUGGACGACCGGGCAUCAACAUUGAUCCCGCCAACUCCUAUCAGGUUGGGCUGGGCGGCAUGGUCGUCGGUACAAUGGUCCUGAUCGCCCCGGCGCUCAGCAAGACCUCGUUUGUGCUCACGGUGGGCAAGAUCUCGGGACCAAAGCUCAAGAAAGCACUGUGGUUCAUCGCUGUGCCAAUGAACGUGCUACAAGUGGCAGCUUUGGUCAUCCAAUUCGUUCAGUGCAGCCCGCUCGAGAAGGUGUGGAAUCCCUGGACAGACGGUCGGUGUUGGGGUCGCCAGGCGAACUUAGCCAUGUCCAUGACGAGCUCUGCGUACUCCGGGAUCAUGGACCUUGUAUUAGCGACAAUUCCAUGGAUCAUUUUGAAAGAUUUGCAAAUUAAGCGAAGGGAGAAGAUUGGAAUCGCGAUCGCCAUGAGUUUGGGGGUCAUCGCUGCCAUUACUGCGUUUAUCAAAUGCAACAAGCAGAAGAUUCUGGCCAGCAGCGACUUUACUUUGGAGGGUGGUGAGCUCAUCAUCUGGGCGUCGACAGAGAUCUCUGCAACAAUCAUCGCCGCUUGUGUCCCCGUACUCCGAACAUUGUUGGUCAAGGGCCUCAGCACCGGUCGAGGCGGCCAAUCUGGGGGCUACUUCCGUUCUGGCUCUGGCACAGACCAUCGCAAGGCGCGAACGGCACGCAAACACAACACCCAUGCCGUCACUUUUGCGGCGCAUGACAAGAGAACGGCAACUGAGACCGUCUUGCCCGACGCUUCCAGCGACACAAGCAUAUUGGAGAGCAGAUUCGGCGGCAAGAUUGUGAAGACGGAGGAGGUGACGGUCCAAGUUUCAGAGCGGGGUGAAGAGUCCAGUGUCAGUUAUGAACUGCACGAGUUCGACGUGGUGAGCAGCCCAAGAACCCGUGAGUGA